UUGUAGUAUCUCUCUCUCUUGUAGUCUCUCUCUCAUCCUCUCCCACACCCUCUAUCUUCAGCUCUUUCCUUUUCAGGUCCACUGAUUUCAGUCAGGGCGCUAAUGAUGCAUUGUUGUUACUGUAAACUAACAAGCCAAUUUCAUGCAAAUAGGCUCAGGUUACAUUAUAGAAGCAGUAAUAAUUCACCUUGGAUGUCGUCAAUCCCAUCUGCCUUGUUGUGCUGUGGCAGUCGCCUGCGUCAGCGUGCUCUGUCACCUGGGUGACACUACCUGGCAGACUGACUGAGCGGAGAUGCUGUCUGCUCUCUGGUGGAUCCUCACUCCCUGGGCAGGAACAAACUCAAUAACAACAUCCUCUGUUCCAGACUGACACGUCAACUCCCUCCUCGGCUCCCAUGUCUCCGUCUGGUCUCCGGAAGCUUCAGCGCUAUGCUGACUGCUGUUAUUACAAGGGCCAAGUUUCCCAGAUUCGUUAAGAAGCUCUUAACGCUAAGAUCUUCUUAGGAACGUUCUAAGAGCGCUGUAGAACGCUCUUAAAACUUUCCUGAGAAGACUUUCUGAUGCGUCAGCCUCUGCCAGCGUUGCUGGUCACACAACGUGAGGCGCAAGUGAUUUUAUCGCCACUGUUGUUGUUUACUCGUUAUCAAGGGACCUAGAUGCCAGUUUUGACAGGAGAGAAACCAGGAAAGAGAUGAGGAGAUGGGGCGAUGGAGAGAUGGGGAGACAGAAAUAGAGACAAAGAAGGAACAGAUGGAGAGACACUGAUGGAAAGAAAGAGAGAUUGAGAAAUAGAGUAACACAGUGUUGGAGUUUUGGUGCAGGGCAAAGGGCCAUCUUUCUGGGUGGAGGGUUUGGUUACAGCAGAAAGUGACCACUCUGUGAAAACAGACACUGUUGCCUCAGUCAUGCUUAUCUCAUCAGUAUUACAGCCUCUGUAGACGUUUAUAAAGCUAGAAAAUUGAUUUUUUCUGGGCUUGUUUUGUUUCUUCAUUUAUCAGUAAAGAAUCGGAAAGGGCUGAGCUGAAGGCGGGUCUGUUGCUGCAGGGCUAGUCAGGGGAGGGAACGGGAAGCUGAGUGUCCUGUCUGAGUUUGAUUGUGCUGAAGGAGCACUACACCAACAGGGACAGCUCAGCCUCAGAACCCUGCCCUGAUUACUGGAGUGUCCUUCUGUUACUUAACAACCAUCUCAAUCACAUUCAUAUGGCUGCCGCUGUCUCCCAGUGAGGAGCGGACGUUAAUUCGUUUCGGCCUGCGGCUCAGCGUUGAUUAGCCAAUGGAAAAAUGGCUUACACCUACAUCAUUGAUAUCAAGUUGUGAGGGUGACGGUGUUGGGUUUCUGAUUAAAGAACUAAGAGGUGAUGCAUUGUUGUGCGCCAGAGAAAUCCAGCAUAAUCGACAUGAACCAUAUGAGAUGUUGAGAGUGUUGAAGUGACAGGAUCUGUGACCGCCGUUGCUGUAUAACCUGAACGAUCAUUGUGUUACAAACUCUAACCUGCCUGUGUAUAGUCUCGUCCAGUUCUUGAGAGCUUGGGGUCCAUGUUGAAGUCACCGCGCAACAGCGCAAUGAGAAGGCGCUCCCCCGUACAAAACCUGUCAGUGCUAAAUUGAUUUAAACCGGCCAGUACUCGAGCUGUUGCCGGGUCGAUGACAGGUAAGAGGGCAAGAACAAAUCUGUGUUGGAGGUGUCCAAGCUGUUAGCUGCAAAACCUGAACAGGUGGCCUCUUCCAGGAUUUACGCGUCAAGGCGAAUUGACUCAACAGCUUGCCUCUCGCAAUAAUCUCCCUCUUCUGACGACAGCGCUACUGACCCUGGGCUCAAACUGUUGACUAUGACAGUUUGUGCUGCAAGGAUCCGAUCACUUCUUGAGUUGUCAGUGAGGCAGUAACUUCUGGGUAUAACUUGAGCUACCAACAUUUCUCGUGGUACUAGUGCGGAAGUUGAUAGACACUUACUCAGAAGAUGUUUUCAGCGCUUUGACUUGGGAUUCAUAAUAUUUUCACCUGCCGUCUACAGAACGAUUGGAAUAUAUCUUAAUAACUAUAAGGACAUUGUUCACAUCAACAUGUUCCCCGAAAUAAACAACAAGUCUGCAAGACCAGAGGCUUUCCCCCACUCAGACAGUCACCAGACAAGCAGGACUCAGGCAUCCAGCAGGACCUACUCCCAGAAGUUUGGUCCAGUGUCAAGCACGCUGCCUCAGCUGGACCCUCCUGUGAUCCAGGUGGUGGUCAGCACGGCCAAACUCCACCACCAGUCUGACAGCAUCCUGCCCCAUAUCAACAACAAGAGCCUCCACAACACCUACCUGACACGCCAGGAUGAAAGGCCAAAACCAACAGAGUUCUCCACAAGGUUUGGAUCCUCGGAGGAAAUCCUGUCAGACUCCGUCAACACCAAGAGCCUCGGCAACAAGCAGGAGAAGAUGUGUGAGGGGCAGAGGCUGCCCAUGGCCCCUACAGAGGCUCUGAAGCACUUCCAGGGGCGUCUGACUGAAUUUGAGCAGGAGGAGAUCAUGGACUACUCUGAAAUUUGGUUUCUGGGUCUGGACACCCAGAAGAUCGAAAGUUCUCAUGGAACGCCCCAGAACUCCGGUUAUGACGAUGAACACGGUAGCUAUAUGAUGGUUCUGCAUGACCAUAUUGGCUACCGGUUCGAGGUUCUGGAGGUGAUCGGGAAAGGUUCCUUUGGUCAGGUCCUCAAAUGUCUGGACUACAAGACCGGCGAGGUGGUGGCCAUCAAGGUCAUCCGGAACAAGAAAAGGUUUCACCAUCAGGCUCUGGUUGAGCUGAAGAUCCUGGAUGCCAUCAGGAGGAAAGACAGAGACAACUGCCACAACGUCAUCCACAUGAAGGAAUACUUCUACUUCCGCAACCAUCUCUGCAUCUCCUUUGAGCUCCUGGGGUUGAACCUCUACGAGUUGAUAAAGAAGAAUAACUUCCAAGGCUUCAGCCUGGCUCUGAUCAGGAGGUUCACACACUCCCUGUUAAAGUGCCUUCAGAUGCUGAAUCGAGAGAAGAUCAUCCACUGCGACCUCAAGCCGGAGAACAUCUUGCUGACUCAGAAAGGACAGGGGCACAUAAAGGUGGUGGACUUUGGCUCCAGUUGUUAUGAGCAACAGAGAGUGUACACAUACAUCCAGAGCCGUUUCUACCGCUCCCCAGAGGUGAUCCUGGGCCACCCCUACAGCAUGGCCAUCGACAUGUGGAGCCUGGGCUGUGUCCUGGCCGAGCUCUACACUGGCUUCCCCCUCUUCCCUGGGGAGAGCGAGGUGGAGCAGGUCGCCUGCAUGAUGGAGGUUCUUGGGAUGCCUCCCAACGAUUUUGUGCAAACUGCCUCCCGGAGAAGGUUGUUUUUUGACUCCAAAAGUAACCCCCGAAACAUCACCAACAGCAAAGGGAGGAAGAGGAGGCCGAACUCCAAAGAUCUGGCCAGUGUUUUAAAGACCAACGAUGCCCAGUUCCUGGACUUCCUGCAACGCUGUCUCUCAUGGGACCCAGUGAAGCGCAUGACUCCAGACGAGGCGAUGCAGCAUGAGUGGAUCCUGGAGUCUCGCCUCAUCAAGCCCCGCCCCAGGAUACGCCCCAUCAUGACGAGGCCCGCAGACAGCACCAGCAGCACCGAGAACAACUUUGAGCAGACUUAUCGUAAAAUAGUUGGGAACAGGACAGCAGAGAGACUCCAGUCACACGACAACAGCAACAACAAGUUGAAGACCGACAGCUAUACCACGCACGGCAACAUGACCUCUGUCGCCCACGGCAACAUGACCUCUGUCGCCCAUGGCAACAUGACCUCUGCUGGGCGUCUGCGUCCCAUCGGCGCGUCGGCGGAGGAGGAGGUGUGUGAGGGCGUGGUCAGGGUCUCCAAUGACUCCAAGCAGGAAGCAGGCGGGGAGAGGCCUGUGCACAUCAUCAUCAAACCCCAGCAGGAAGUACUUAUCAGUGACGGAGAGAAUCGGGAAGUCUCCCAAUGUUUGCCACCAAUCAUGUAGCAGCCUGACUAAGGGAUUUGUGGAGGGGGGGGCACCUCUCUGGCAACAGGACUGGUCUACAGGAAAGCCCCACCCACACAACGAAAAGAUGGGUUUCUUAAACGUUCUCCUUAAAAUGUCAAAUAGUGUAUUUUAGAUCAGUCUUGUACAAUGUACAUUGUGUAUAGAUCAUACUGUCUGCUGUACCAAAGCAAUUCUGCUGCAAGAUUUUUUCAUUUCUGUCUUCCUUUCUGUCGUGACCUCCUUUAAUCCUGCACCCAACACAAGGACUAGUGUUUGAAAGGGUGUGUCGUUUAAUAAAGGAAGAGCCAAAGAAAGAUUUCAUUAUAACUUCUUUCAACAGUUUAGUAAAACAUUUUUAAAGCUCUGUAUAUCUUAUGUAAUUAGUUACAAUAAUAAUACAAAUGUAUGAUGGUUAAGAGAUGUAAGAUUUCCUAAUGCAUUUACGUUUUACCACAUCAAAACCUAGAAGGUGGAUUUGUUAUAAUUAAUGGAUUUUCUUGUACAUAUACCUACUGUGAUCUUUUUAAUGUAAUGUAAGGUACAGAGUUCAAGAUAAUGGUUCAGGUUAUUGUAAAGAAGUUUAGACAAGGUUUUACUUGUACAUGUGUUAUUAUUCAUGAAAGAGAGAUUUUGUAAUCUAUUGUUUCUGUGAUUAUAAUAUUUUUUACUGGUAGAUAUUGAGUGACAAUCCUUUUGUUGAUAGUUUGUGCCUUGCAGUAUUAGAAUCCUUGCACUUUACUGAUGUACCUUUGAGUAGAGGAGGGAGUUUUGUGAACAAUAUCCUGUGAACACUACCCUGAAAACAUCAAGGUCUUCUGCCAGGAAGUGAUUAUAAUGUACUGUUACUAUAGCAUGAUGCUGUUGAUCCAAAGUGAUUUAGUAUAGUCAAGAAUAUGCAGGUAUGGCUGCUUGCUUAUGUCAUGGACACUGACAAGGCCUAUACUUACAUCUUAGGCACAUAAGUCAAAACUUCAAUUGCAAUUUCAAAGCAACAAAUUAGCUUUCAGAUUCUACCCACCUACACUGUGCCCAUUAUAUCAUUGGUUUCAGUUACUAAAUGUCAUUAAAAUGAUGGAAAAUGUAAAUUGACUUGACUGAAAGUAAAACCUUUUGUAUGACAGGUCCUCCUGGCAUAAUGACGUCAGGAAUCCGUGUUCUAAACACAGGUCGGCAUCUGAACAAGUCUACCAUUAGACCUGCCCAUACAGAAAGUAGAAAUGGGUUGAAUUGAUUUGUGUCCCAAAGAUAGUGUGGCUAUUUUUGAUGUAUUUUAUUGGCAAAUAAAAAUUGU